AUGUCGAACUUGACUCCGUUAUUCCAGAAAUACGUCGCUGUGAUUGAAGAAACUAGAAAAGAACAAAAUCCAGAUGAUAUAGAUGAUAAUGUAAAAGACGAAAAACAGAACUUGGUGAACACUGAUGAAAUACGCGAACUGGUUAACGAUUCUUUCAUUAAAGAAUGUGCAAAACUACUAAAAUCGCUUAUUGAGUUGAACAAAGUCAUAAAGCAGAUUGAAAAAAACUAUUUGGAUGAUUUGAAUAUGAGUGAUGGGGAAAAGGACGAAUUUGACAUGGAGUGUAGGUUGCAAAUUCAACAGUAUUUCAAAAAAUUCGAAUUCCUAGAAAAUUAUGAAAUGGAAAGGCAUAGUUUAAUGCUAAAGAAGCUUCAAUCAAAACCUCAUAAGUGGUCGAAUUUACUUUCCAAUAAGAAUACACCUUUUAGAAAUGUAAUACAUCCGCAUGAUGUUGAAAAAGGGGUCCACGAAUUUAGAUUAGGUGUUCUUCGAUGCUUGAACUUAUGGAUUAAAUACGUAUCUUCCAAAUUCACCUCAAUUCAACAAGAGAGGUUGAUAUUGGAGAACAAAAUGAAUUUUAAUUCCACACCUGUGCCCACUUCAUCUAAGAAUGUAGAGGAUUUCCCUGCAGAUGCAGUAGAUAUCUCAGUGUCACAAACUGCUCCAGUCGAAACAGUACAAGAUGAAGUAAAGCAUUAUGAAGAAACGAUCUCCAAGCUAUCUCAGCAGCAAUUACAAGUAUUAGAAACAGAACAUUCGGAACUAUUGAAYCAAAAAAACGAGCAAUUGAAAAAAAUAGAUACCAUAAACAAAACAAUCCUGGAUGUUGUUAAUAUACAGAAUGAACUGUCCAAUCAUUUAACGGUACAAUCACAGAAUAUUAAUCUAAUGCUAAAUAAUCAAGAUGAUAUUGAAAUAAACAUUAAAAAGGGGAAUAAUGAACUACGUAAAGCGAAGAGAGCCGCCGGGAGAACUGCUAAAAUGACCACUUAUGGUGCCAUUAUCAUGGGUAUCUUUAUUCUUCUCCUCGAUUACGUGGGUUAA